CAACGAGCACUGGACAUGGGCGUCGAUGCAUUACGAGCCGAAUAUCGAUCAUUAGCGAAAUACACAGUACCGGAAAUGACUUCGGAUGCUUUCAUAAGCAAUCACGAAAAUCUGGAUGAGCUUUUGCAGUAUCAGGAUGUGCCGUGCCAGGACCAACAUCGAAUAGUUUUAAAGUGGCCCAACGCCCCCACCGACUACAUCCAUGCCAACUACGUAGGAACACCAUUGUCAGAGAAGCGAUUCAUCUGUACACAGGGACCCCUGGACAACACGAUUCCUGAAUUUUGGAUGAUGGUACUGCAAGAGGAGUCCGAAACUAUUGUGAUGCUCUGUACUUGCAUAGAGACAGGUAAAUUUAAAUGUUCACAGUACUGGCCCGAGAUUGUGGGCGAAACCAAAACGUUUGCUGGAAUAGAAGUUACUAACAUGAUGGUGAAGCCGUCCAUAGCACUCACCAUACUCAACAUUAAAUUUGGUAAGCCAGAUGGAACCAGAGAAACUCGUGAAGUACGGCACUAUCAGUGGUUGGACUGGCCCGAUCGGGGAGUACCACCAUGUCGUCUUACUAGUAUGCCGAUAAUUGUACACUGCUCGGCAGGGAUCGGACGGACUGGAACCAUUGUCGCUAUAGAAUAUAUCUUAGUUGAAUGCGCAAACAUGUGCGAUUUAUUGAAAGAACUUCGACAUUACCGAGCAUACUCUAUACAAAACGAUAUGGUUCGUGGAACUUAG